AAAUUGAAAUUUAAAAAACUCUAGCAAUAUGGCGACGGCUGCGAGUGAAUUUGAGCCAUGGCUAAGUGAAAAGUUGAAAUCGUUAAAAACUGACGAAGGAGUAUUCGGAUCCUACAUAUCAGGUAUUUUAGAAAGCGAAGACAGUGUGGAUGAAAAGAAAGAUGCUUUAGAAGGCAUACUUUCUGAGAUAGUGGAGAAAGACAUUUCAACACAUAUAGACGAGAUAAUAGAAAAGUGGGAAUCAUGUCGACCAAAGGAAGAAAGUCCGAAACCCGUGACAGACGUAGAUGUGAGACUAGCUCAGUUGUUAGAAUCUCAAGCUCCAUCUACAACGACACGACGAGAGUACACCGAUGAAGAGAAAAAAAUACGUGAAGCUAUAUUGUCACAAUAUAGUCAACUUUCUGAUAAUGAGGAAGAAAUUGCAAACGAUGAAGAAGCUGCUAGUCCUGAUCUAGUUAAGAAUACAAAUGCAGCGGAUGUUCAUGCUGCUGCGCGUGAACGCCGUGAACAGGCUCGGCUUGAUGCCCAAAAAAAGAAAGAAAAAGAUAAGGAAGACAGAGAAAAGCAAAAGCAACUGAAGGAGGAGAAAAAAGAAAAGCGGAAGACACAAAAAGGUGAAAGGAAAAGGUAGCAAACCUAAUGCUGAAUACUUGGCUGAUUGUUCAAGAUUGCUUUGUGAAUAUGAUGUUAAAAUGUUGUUAAUAUUGCUCAAUAUUGCACAAAUGCAAGCUGGACAUUCAUAUACCCAUGUGUCUUAGUAUGAUUAAUGUAUUCUAAUAUGAAGCAAUAACUUUUGUUCUGUUUAGUAUAAAGAGAAAGGUCAUAUGCAACUAUUUAUUCUUAGUUUCCAUGUACUAUCAGAUAGAAAGUCAUACAUUUGUAAGUGUUUUUCCAAAUAUACAUAAUCAACAAGAGGACAUAACCAAGUUGUGUUUUAUACCACAUGUGAGAUAAAAAUUAUAUUU